UAGACCCCCCGAUUGAUAAUUCACACAUCCAUCUAAAAAACGUCUCCUCUCGAUAUCGUCUCCUUCACUAACCUUCGCAACUUCCGAUUUGUUAACGCGUAGAUCAGCCAUGGCAGUUUCUCCUUCCUCUUCAGUCCCUCCCAAGCCCCCCUUCUCUCUCUAAAACCAUCCUUUCUUUCUCUCUAUAAUUUCCCUCGUGAUCUCUAAACCCUAACUGAUUCGACGGGGUGACGGAAUGGCUUCCAUGAUUGUCACCGGAGAUCGGUAUCUGGAAAAGCUUGUCAAAUUUGUGGAACAAAACGCUGGUCCACUGAUUGAAGGGUCGAUGGUGCUGAAGCUCAACCCGGCGGGUCUCCACUAUGUUCAGUUGAGGCUUGAGGCGCUACGGGAGUUGGAGCUUCUCCUGGCCGGUGCACCGGUGGAUUACUUGCGCGCUUAUGUCUCGGACCUCGGAGACCACCGCGCACUCGAGCAGCUUCGGCGCAUCCUGCGCCUCCUCACCUCCCUCAAAGUGUUUUCUGUUCUGCCACCGCCUGGCCGUGACCCCACGCCACUGUCGCUACUGCCAUUCGGGAGGUUGAGGGUGCUCGAGCUCAGAGGCUGCGAUCUGUCCACCUCUGCUGCCAAGGGUUUACUUGAAUUAAGGCACACAUUGGAGAAGAUCAUUUGCCACAAUUCUACUGAUGCUCUAAGACAUAUCUUUGCCAGCAGAAUUGCCGAGAUAAAGGACUCUCCACAGUGGAACCGGUUAUGGUUUGUUUCAUGUGCUAGUAACCAGCUGGUGCUGAUGGAUGAAUCUCUGCAACUUCUUCCUGCUGUUGAAACUCUUGAUCUCAGUCGAAACAAGUUUGCAAAGGUGGACAAUCUACGCAGGUGUACCAAAUUAAAGCACCUAGACCUUGGGUUCAAUCAGUUGAGAACUAUAGCUCCAUUUGAUGAGGUCUCUUGUCAUAUUGUUAAACUUGUUUUGAGGAACAAUGCUCUUACUACAUUGCGUGGGAUUGAGAAUUUGAGGGCAGUUGAAGCGCUUGAUGUUUCCUACAAUAUUAUAUCGAAUUUUUCAGAGUUGGAGUUCCUUGCAGGCCUCUCAUCUUUGCAUAGCUUGUGGUUAGAAGGAAAUCCAUUGUGUUGUGCACGAUGGUAUCGGGCACAAGUAUUCAGCUAUUUUAUCCAUCCUGCCAAGUUGAAGUUAGACGACAAGGAAAUCAGCAACAGAGAGUUCUGGAAGAUGCAAAUAUUAGUAGCCGGCAGGCAUAAGCGCCCUUCCAGUUUCGGAUACUAUUCUCCGGUCAGAGAUGAAGCUGACGGAGAAGGGAGUAUCAACAUAAAAAGGAGAAAGAUCUCUCGGCUUGCUUCAAUUGUGAGUGAAGAGGAGAGCAUUUAUUUUUGUUCUGACCAAGAAUCUGCAUCUUGUGAUAAUGAGAUUCAAAGCAAAGAGGAGAAUGUCGUCUCUGAUAAUGAGGCUGAAAUAGUUGAUUUGAUGAACAAAGUGGAACUUAUGAAGAAAGAACGUUCUGUAUUCUGGCUACGAGAGUUUAAGGAGUGGAUGGAUCAUUCUUCAGAGAAUUUAGUGGAUGACAGUGAUAGAUAUGGUCUGGCUGCAUUGCACACUGUGGAGCAAAAUUGUAUGACAAACAAGACAAGCCAGAAGAAUCCUGGUGAAAGUUCAAGAUAUGCAUCAGACACCUGUCAAGCUUCAGGAGAUGAAAGUACAAACAUUAUAGAAUCGGAGUCUUCUUUCGCAGAUAUCUCUUCUGGUCAUGGUGGGGUUUCUCUUCCAGGCUUUGGUAGAGUUGAUCUAGGGCUGGAGCAUCACAGAUACCAGUCACUUGAAGGGUUUGGCAGUAUGUCCCUGCUAGCCAAGAGCUCCAUUCACGAUUCAUUAUCAAUUCAGGGAGCUCAUACAAAUGUUGGCAGUGUCAGCAUAUCACCAUUGUCUGCCAUAAAUGAUGCAACAGAAUCUCAUUCAUCCUAUGCUGUUCCAGGAUCUCCUCCACAUUUUCAAGAGGACAUUUUACAUCGUCGCCACAACCUAGUUGAAGAGAUUUUGCAGCUGUCUGCGGAGUCCUAUUCAGUAGCAUCAUCUGAUAGUUAUACAAGUUGUAGUGAAGAUGAUUUGUGUGAAUUUGAGCAGUCAACUUCUGAAGUCAAUCGAUCACUGGGUGAAGAAUACCUUUAUCCCAGCACGAGAGGCCAAAUAUCUUCAUAUCAUCUAGAGAAUAACCAUCAGGACCAAAGGCCUGAAAUUUAUUUAGGAGAGGAUAGCAAAAUUUUAUUUGGCGCACAUGCUGAAUGCUGGCCUUUUAAUUCUGAACUUUUAAAUUCCAAGGCCUGUGAUUUUCCAGCUGCUUCUGGUGAUGGUGAAAUUGCUCAUUUUGACAUCAAGGAUGCUGAUUGCUUGGAGAAGAGGAAACACAGAAGGAAACCUAGAAAAAAACUUGUUUCUCUACUGGAGGAGGAUAUCAUGGUUGACAAAUCAGAAAUGUCACGAGUAUCAAAUGGAAAGAUGCAUACUCCUGGAACUGAUGUGCAAGGUGAACCAGAGAAGCAAACUCUUCUGGAAGAUAUCAAUGCAAGAUUGUCUUUGAAAAAUGGAACUAGAACCUCAGUAAGUGAUGAUACUGGUAGAAGUUCUGUGGCUUACUGCUCAUCUUCGGGGGCUGAUGACUUUCUCGAGCAAUAUUUCAAUGCAAAUGUUGCAGAUUCCAGGAAUCAUGAGAUCUGUAUGCAGUCCCUGCACUGUGAUUGCAUUUUGGGGCCCGAAUUCUUGUACCGGGAAAGAGAAGUAGUUCUCUUACUAAGCAGUGAAAACAAGUUGUAUGUGUUACUUCCUGCGGCUGCAUUUGAUCGGUCAGCAAGUAUUCCACGGUUAUUGGGUUGCCACAAAAUUGUAGAUGUUAGAGUGGCUUUAGUCGGUGUUGGACUUCAGGUUGUAAGGGUUUGCAUUGAGAGUAGUGCAACAUAUCUGUUCAUAACAAGAAGCAUGGAGAAAUCAAGACAAUUACUUUGCAUCUUGCAGAUUCUUGACACUCAUGCAACAAAUGAUAAUUAUUUGUUAAGAAGUUUGGAGCAGGUUCAGGUUGAGUUGUUUCAGAAACAAGUAUGUGGAGGCUCAAAAAUCAGCAUUUUCCAAUACUCUAUGGUGAAGUUUUGGUGCUGUAAUGCCGAAGAGGCAUCAUGGCUUUCAAGAUCAUUGUUUGUGACUGGAGGGUAUGUGCUAGUGUGCAUGGAAGACCUUUCACGUUUUGGCUUUCUAUUGGCUGAUGCAUCUUCACCUCCAUAUUUUUCGCUGGACUCUUGUUGCUCCAUUGCUGAUGUAUCUGAGAUGGUCAUCGAGACUGGGGAAGGUUACUGUGUGACUUUAACUCUUGAAUGUGCUACAACAGAGUUUUGCCCCUCUCCAAAAGCUCUGGAGGCUGCAGCAAUUGACAAGGAUAAGGUAGCUUCAGGCUCUCUUACAUGGAAGCUCGGGUGGUUCUCAGAAGAAAGCCUAUUCAAUUUUGUUUCGUUGAUUAAAGCCAUUCAUGCAGGGAUGACAACGUCUACUUUACCCAUAAGAUGUGUGUCAUGAAUCAUUCCAUUCUGCUUUUAAUUGUUUAAUAUUCAUUCAAUUCUUUUGCUUAGGUUUUUGAUCCCCCUUUUGUUUCCAUUGAGUUUACUUCUUUGCUUUGCUUUGCCUUGCCGAAUCAAUAGCUUUCUUCCUAUGUCUUUGAUUUGUAUUCUUUUGGCAGUUAAAAUUCUCGGGUGUAUGAAAUGUACAGUUUAGGCAUUUUAAGAAAUCUAUGUUGCCUCAGCUUGUCUUCCUUUCUUCUUCUA